AUGCCUUUAAAAUUCCUUGAAAAAAGAACCUGUAAUAAAGAUUCUAUAUCAAAAUCAUUCAAUACAUCAACAAAAUUUCAUGCAGAAACAUAUUUAAAAAAAUUUGGUUGGAAAGGUUAUGGUCAUGGACUUCGUGAUGGCAGUCUUGUUAUACCGUACCAAUUACCAUUAAUAAAAAAAAGUAUAGGAUAUAUGGAUGCAUGGUGGAUAGAUUUGUUUAAUAAAAAGGUGGCUUCAUUAAAUGUCGGUCUAUCAAAACACAAAAACAAAUCAGAUAAACCUAAGAAAUCACUAUUAUAUACUCAUUUUGUCCUAUCUAAAGAAAAUAAUGUAUUGAAAAAGGGAUCUAAGGAGUGA